AUGGCGAGGUCUUUGACGGCAAGAUGCAGACCUUCGAGCGCUCGGACAUCACGUGCUCGGAACCAGAAAGAGGGUGUUCACUGUGAUGACCAUGACUGUACCAUUGAGAACGUAUGGUGGGACGACGUGUGCGAGGACGCGCUGAGCGUUAAGGGCGGAACCGCCUCCAGUGUCACCACCGUCACCAACUGCGGUGCUCGCUACGCCUCGGACAAGGUCGUACAGCACAACGGCUACGGCACCGUCAAGAUCGACGGCUUUUUCGCCCAGGAGUUCGGCAAGCUGUACCGUUCGUGCGGCACAUGCGGUGACAUUCCCCGCACGGUGACGGUGGACAACGUGUACGCUAUCGACCCACUCGUGAGUGUCAUCACCGUGAACAAGAACUACGGCGACCAGGCGAAGCUGAGCAACAUCCACGUGAAGACGACGAACGGCAACACCGGUGUGAAGGUGUGUCAGUGGUCGCAGGGCGGCAGCUCACCGUCGAACCUGGGCGACGGUCCGUCAGGCACGCUGUGCCAGUACUCGGAGAGCGACGUCCACAUCAACGAAUAA